AUGUGCGAGUGCAGUAUGCGCUGUUGUUUCUUUUCUAGCUUGAUAUUCUUCUCUUUGGUUUACUACUACAACGACGUGAUGGUCGACUACCUGUUCUUCGAGGAGCACCACCUGGUGGAGAGAUACUUCGUGGACACCAAGGGCUGUCGCAUGCUGACCCUGGUACCCAAUGAUCGCGAUGUGGUGUAUCUGUGGCGCGGCCUUCGCCGGGACCUUUGUGCCAGCGAACUGAACCUGACCUCUUUCAGCAACUGUGACUACAACUACUUGAGGACAGAGGUGGACAUGGAGUUCGUACGGUCAAGGUACAAAGUCGAGAACUUGGAGAGCUUCAAGUGCCAGUAUCACGCAGUGGAGCGGGGCACAGAUUUUGACAAUAGGAAUUUGUACAGCCGGGAGUUUCCCCUCCUUACGGAUGGCAAUAACACAAUUGAACCCCAUGCGGAAAUCAUAAGGGCCGAGUGCUUCCAGAACGGCACGAGCAUCUAUAACGGAGUUCACUUCUACGUCCAUCCAGCCGACGAAUGGCUGCGGAAUACCAAGGGUCUCCCUCCUCCAAAGUUGGCCUCCGAUGACGGCAGUUUGUCCGUGCUGAUCGUGGGCCUCGACUCCAUGUCCCAAUUGCACUUCCGCCGGACCAUGCCUCGCACAGCCAACUUCCUCUUAUCCCUGCCUCACGUGGAACUUAAGGGCUUCACUAGCAUAGGGAAUGACACCUUCAACAAUCUGAUGCCGCUACUGAGUGGACUUAGUGGAUCCGAGAUGAAGGAAUUUUCCUGUAACUUAAGCAGUCUGGAUAGCUGCCCCUUUAUAUGGAAGCUAUUCCAGCAGGCUGGCUACGAAACAGCUCUGGGCGAGGACAAUAUUGAUAAGAGUCUCUUUACGAAGGGAUUUAAAGAUCCACCCACGGACUUCUAUCUCCGACCUGCCCUGCUCGAAAUGUGGCUGAAAACGCGAAAGGAUCAACUAUUCGGAACCCACUGCAACGAGAAGGAUAACUAUGCGAUGGUGCUAAGGGAGUUCCUAUUAAAGCUGCUUCCCCAUCACAGCACCCACAGGUUCUUUACGUUCCUUUGGUGGACGCAGGGCAUCGAUCACCUGUUUAACUACGGCCGAAAGCUGGACAAGCCGUUUUUAAAGAUGUUCAAGGCCUUAGCACAGAAUGACCUGCUGAAGGAAACACUGCUGCUGGUGGUUUCCAAUCACGGCUUGAAUACGGGGCCAAUCUCCGACACAACGCAGGGAAAAGUGGAGGAGAGUCUGCCUCUGGCCGUGCUCUGCUAUCCAAGGUGGUUGGAGGAGCAAUAUCCCCAGGCCAUCGCCAAUUUAAAAAUCAACAACCGACGACUGGUCACGACAUUCGAUCUGCAUGCCACUCUCCUGGACUUACCCCACAUGACGUCUCUGGAGAAUGAGCAAUUGCAGCAACGCAGUGCGGAUCUGUGGGCCUUGAAGGGGAAUAUUCCACGAGGAAUAAGUCUGUUCCUACCCAUACCAGAGAAAAGGGACUGUUCUCUGGCGCAGAUCCCUACCGAGUAUUGCCUCUGCCAGCAACAUAGAAAAGUCUCCAGUUUAGAUGGACACGUUCUGCGGGGCGCCCGCCUUAUCCUCCGGAACAUCAACAAGAUCAUUCGCACACAUACUCCACCUUGCAAGACACUAUAUCUGGAUUGGGUGCUGACUGCCGACAAGUGGAGUCGCAUGGCAGAUGACAUCCAGUCGGAGUUCAGGGUGAGAUUGCUGACCACUCCUGGCAAGGGUCAGUUCGAAGGAGUCGUGAGGUUUACGGGCUUUAAGCUGGCCCUAUACGGGCCCAUUAAACGGGUCAAUGGUUACGGAAAUGACUCGUCCUGCAUUCAGAACUACCUGAUAGAAAUGUAUUGUUUUUGUCCUUGAAAUAAAUUUAUACAUAUAUGUAA